AAGUUGGCAAAAACCACUUCAAAACAAAAGUUUCUUAAAAAAAUGUAAUUUUUGCCUUUUUGAGCUGUAAUUUGACCCCCUUAAAAUGCUUCAAAACUCACCAAACUGGACACACAUCAGGACUGGUAAAAAUUGUGAUCUAAAAAAAAAAAAAACAACCCCCAAAACUCAAAAUUGCACUCUAGCGCCCCCUAGGAAAAAACAGACAAAACUGCUUGUAACUUCCGUUAGUUAUGUUGUAGAGACAUGAAACAAAAACUUCUAUGUAGGUCUCACUUAGACCUACAUUUCAUUAAUUGACAUCUUUCCGCAAAAAUCAACAGGAAGGUGGCAAAAACCACUUCAAAACAAAAGUUUCUUAAAAAAAUGUAAUUUUUGCCUUUUUGAGCUGUAAUUUGACCCCCUUAAAAUGCUUCAAAACUCACCAAACUCGACACACACAUCAGGACUGGUGAAAAUUGUGAUCUAAAAAAAAAACAACCCCCAAAACUCAAAAUUGCACUCUAGCGCCCCCUAGGAAAAAACAGACAAAACUGCUUGUAGCUUCCGUUAGGAAUGUCGUAGAGACAUGAAACAAAAACCUUUAUGUAGGUCUGACUUAGAUCUACAUUUCAUACACUGACAUCCUUCAGCAAAAAUCAACAGGAAGUGGGCAAACACCCCUUCAAAACUAAAGUUUCCUAAAAAAAUGUAAUUUUUGCCUCUUUGAGCUGUAAUUUGACGCCCUUAAAAUGCUUCAAAACUCACCAAACUGGACACACACAUCAGGACUGGUGAAAAUUGCGAUCUAAUAAAAAAAAAAAAACCCAAAACUCAAAAUUGCACUCUAGCGCCCCCUAGGAAAAAACAGACAAAACUGCUUGUAGCUUCCAUUAGGAAUGUUGUAGAGACAUGAAACAAAAACCUCUAUGUAGGUCUGACUUAGACCUAGAUUUCAUAAUAAGACAUCAUUCAGCAAAAAUCAACAGGAAGUGGGCAAACACCCCUUCAAAACAAAAGUUUCCUAAAAAAAUGUAAUUUUUGCCUCUUUCAGCUGUAAUUUGACCCCCUUAAAAUGCUUCAAAACUCACCAAACUGGACACACACAUCAAGACUGGCGAAAAUUGGGAUCUAAAAUUAAAAAAAAGAAAAAAACUCAAAAAUGCACUCUAGCGCCCCCUAGGAAAAAACAGACAAAACUGCUUGUAACUUCCGUUAGGAAUGUCGUACAGACAUGAAACAAAAACCUCUAUGUAGGUCUGACUGAGACCUACAUUUCAUAAAGUGACAUCCUUCAGCAAAAAUCAACAGGAAAUUGGCAAAAACCCCUUCAAAACAAAAGUUUCCUAAAAAAUGUAAUUUUUGCCUCUUUGAGCUGUAAUUUGACCCCCUUAAAAUGCUUCAAAACUCACCAAAUUUGACACACACAUCAGGACUGGUGAAAAUUGGGAUCUGAAAAAACCAACAACCCCAAAACUCAAAAUUGCACUCUAGCGCCCCCUAGGAAAAAACAGACAAAACUGCUUGUAGCUUCCGUUAGGAAUGUCGUAGAGACAUGAAACAAACACCUCUAUGUAGGUCUGACUCAGACCUACAUUUCAUGCAUUGACAUCCUUCAGCAAAAAUCAACAGAAAAUUGACAAAAACCCAUCAAAACAAAAGUUUCCUAAAAAAAAUGUCAUUUUUGCCUUUUUGAGCUGUAAUUUGAACCCCUUAAAAUGCUUCAAAACUCACCAAACUGGACACACACAUCAGGACCGGCAAAAAUUGCGAUCUAAUAAAAAACCAAACCACAAAACUCAAAAUUGCGCUCUAGCGCCCCCUAGGAAUAAAACACAAACAAAACUGCUCUUGGGAAGAAAACACAGACAAAACUGCUUGUAACGUCCGGUAAGAAUGUCGUAGAGACAUGAAACAAAAACCUCUAUGUAGGUCUCACUUAGACCUACAUUUCACUCAUUGACAUCCUUCAGCAAAAAUCAACAGGCAAUUACCCCUUCAAAACAAAAGUUUCCUAAAAAAUGUCACCUUUUUUCAAAUAUUAUCUCCUCUGAGCGCGUUUGUUGUGUCGGCUUCAAACUCGCACAGGAAAGAGAUUGAAACCUUCUGAUUAAAAGUUGAGAAAAUAGUUUUUCUAACUGCUCCGGGUUUGAUCUUACGAGCCUUCAAAGAACCUCUGCGCUGCUGCCGUCUCAAGACGGCCGCUUAAAAGCAGGAAGCACCAGCGUGACCACACAAUGCAGAGAAGGUAGGUAAUGUGCGGGUAAAGAUAUGUUGACUGGGUGAAAGAAGGAGGCACCAGUUUGACUCCAGGAUACAGAGAAGGUAGGUAAAGUGCAGGUAAAGAUAUGUUGUCUGGGUGAUGGCAGGAAGCACCAGCGUGUAUGGGUGACAGAAAGAAGCACCAGUGUGACCCCAGGAUGCAGGGAAGGUAGGUAAAGUGCAGGUAAAGAUAUGUUGAAUGGGUAAAGGCAGGAAACGCCAGCAAAAGUCGGUCCCGUCCAUCACUGCUUGCUGCUUUAAUUGUUGUUGUUUUUUAAUAAAAAAGAGCUGUUAACAAGACAGUUUGUGCCCUCGUGGCUUUGAUGAGUCGCCGCAGGGGAGACGUGUGAGGAUUAGUUUCCAUUAAUUCCCCGUUUAGGCGCUUGUCGUGAUGUCACCCCGCUGUGCUAAUUGGUCUCACGGUGACGCCACUGUUGAAUAUGCAGGCGCCGCAAAUCAGCUUCAAACAGGAAGUUGUCGCCAAAAGACGGCGGGGUGAGUCUCGCCCAUCUGCACACGGAUUGAUCUACUUUGAAAUGUUUGUUCCCCCAACAACAAACCCUCCCAGUCCUCUCUUUUCUUCCCCCCCUCGGAGGCGGAGUCGUCUGUUUCCAUGGCGACCGGCUCUGCCAAGAGGAAGAUGUGUCAAAAAGGCGACAACAAGCAGAGGUCAGCCGUGCAAAAAGCGUGUGAGUGAGGAAGAGUCGGGUCGUCACAUCACGUCUGAGCCUGGCGAGAGGACGACAGCUGUUGAGUUUCUCUCCAGUACAUGUGUCUUCAGUACUAAUCUUCCAAAAAGACUUUCCUCCUUCUUGAGGAUGGAGAAGUACGAGAAGAUCGGCAAGAUCGGCGAGGGAUCUUACGGCGUCGUCUUCAAGUGUCGGAACAGAGACUCGGGCCAGAUCGUGGCCAUCAAGAAAUUUGUGGAGUCCGAGGACGAUCCCAUGAUCAGGAAGAUCGCACUGAGGGAGAUCAGGAUGCUAAAGCAACUGAAGCACGCCAACCUGGUCAACCUCAUGGAGGUGUUCCGCCGCAAGAGGAAGCUGCACCUGGUGUUCGAGUACUGCGACCACACCGUCCUGCACCAGCUGGAGCGACACCCCCGAGGCGUCCCCGAGCACCUGGUGAAGAGCAUCACCUGGCAGACGCUCCAAGCCGUCAACUUCUGCCACAAACACAACUGUAUCCACAGAGACGUGAAGCCGGAGAACAUUCUCAUCACCAAACAGCAAGUCAUCAAGCUGUGCGACUUCGGCUUCGCCCGGAUUCUCACCGGGCCGUGCGACUACUACACCGACUACGUGGCCACCCGCUGGUACCGGGCCCCCGAGCUGCUGGUGGGCGACACGCAGUACGGCCCCCCCGUGGACGUGUGGGCCGUCGGCUGCGUCUUCGCCGAGCUCCUGUCCGGCGUCCCUCUGUGGCCCGGGAAGUCCGACAUGGACCAGCUGUACCUGAUCCGCAAGACCCUGGGAGACCUGAUCUCUCGACACCAGCAGGUUUUCAGCAGCAAUCAGUUUUUCAGCGGCCUCGCCAUCCCCGAACCGCCAGAGAUGGAAUCUUUUGAGCUGAAAUAUCCGAACCUGUCACAUCAAACUCUGAGUCUCCUGAAGGCCUGUCUGCGAAUGAACCCGUCGGAGCGUCUUACGUGCGAGCAGCUGCUGCAGCAUCCUUACUUCGACAGCCUGCGAGCCAAGAGCCAGGGCGGCGGCGGCGGGCGGGAGCACGAUCGCUACGGCAACAGGAGGCCGCGCCUGCCACGCAAACACCUCCCGGCUGGGGUGAGUGUGUCACGCCCUCCUCACGCUCAUCCUGUUCUCAAACUGCUGUCCCGGCAGUGUUUGCCUCAGCUGACGGGCAGCAGCAUCUUCCCGGCGUUGGACACCAAGAAUCAUUACCACAACCUGCGCAAGUUCAACUACCACCUGCCCAACAUUUGAGGUCUGGACUUGCCAGACCUGCGCCAUGUUCACCAGCAGGACCAACACUCAGGAACCAAACCAAGCUAAGCUGCAUCAGGUUGCAUCUCUCAGAGCAACACACUUACUAACCACGUUUCCAUAUGAGUUGGGAAAUUGUGUUUGAUGUAAAUAUAAACAGAAUACAAUGAUUUGCAAAUCCUUUUCAAGCCAUAUUCAGUUGAAUAUGCUACAAAGACAACAUAUUUGAUGUUCACACUGAUAAAAAAUGUUUAUCAGUGGCAAUAAAUCCUGAUAAAGUUGAGGAAUGCUCAUCAAACACUUAUUUGGAACACCCCACAGGUGUGCAGGCUAAUUGGGAACAGGUGGGUGCCAUGAUUGGCUAUAAAAACAGCUUCCCCAAAAAAUGCUCAGUCUUUCACAAGAAAGGAUGGGGCGAGGUACACCCCUUUGUCCACAACUGUGUGAGCAAAUAGUCAAACAGUUUAAGAACAACCUUUCUCAAAGUGACAUUGCAAGAAAUUUAGGGAUUUCAACAUCUACGCUCCAUAAUAUCAUCAAAAGGUUCAGACAAUCUGGAGAAAUCACUCCACGUAAGCGGCAUGGCCGGAAACCAACAUUGAAUGACCAGGACCUUCCAUACCUCAGACGGCACUGGAUCAAAAACUGACAUCAAUCUUUAAAGGAUAUCACCACAUGGGCUCAGGAACACUUCAGAAAACCACUGUCACUAAAUACAGUUGGUCGCUACAUCUGUAAGUGCAAGUUAAAGCUCUACUAUGCAAAGCGAAAGCCAUUUAUCAACAACAUCCAGAAACGCCGCCGGCUUCUCUGGACCCGAGAUCAUCUAAGAUGGACUGAUGCAAAGUGGAAAAGUGUUCUCUGGUCUGACGAGUCCACAUUUCAAAUUGUUUUUGGAAAUAUUCCACAUCGCGUCAUCUGGACCAAAGGUGAAGCGAACCAUCCAGACUGUUGUCGACGCAAAGUUGAAAAGCCAGCAUGUGUGAUGGUAUGGGGGUGCAUUAGUGCCCAAGGCAUGGGUAACUUACACAUCUGUGAAGGCACCAUUAAUGCUGAAAGGUACAUACAGGUUUUGGAACAUACGCUGCCAUCUAAGCGCCGUCUUUUUCAUGGACGCCCCUGCUUAUUUCAGCAAGACAAUGCCAAGCCACAUUUAGCACGUGUUACAACAGCGUGGCUUCGUAAAAAAAAGAGUGCGGGUACUUUCCUGACCCGCCUACAGUCCAGAAAAUGUGUGGCGCAUUAUGAAGCGUAAAAUAGGACAGCGGAGACCCCGGACUGUUGAAGGACUGAAGCUCUACAUAAAACAAGAAUGGGAAAGAAUUCCACUUUCAAAGCUUCAACAAUUAGUUUCCUCAGUUCCCAAACGUUUAUUGAGUGUUGUUAAAAGAAAAGGUGAUGUAACACAGUGGUGAACAUGCCCUUUCCCAACUACUUUGGCAUGUGUUGCAGCCAUGAAAUUCUAAGUUAAUUAUUAUGAGUUUGAACAUCAAAUAUGUUGUCUUUGUAGCAUAUUCAACUGAAUAUGGGUUGAAAAGGAUUUGCAAAUCAUUGUAUUCUGUUUAUAUUUACAUCUAACACAAUUUCCCAACUCAUAUGGAAACAGGGUUUGUAGAUGUUGUGCUCCGCCCGGAGGUUAAAAAAAAAAAAUGACAAAGAAGGUUUCUCCUUCUGUAUUGCAACAGACUCUGUAGGACUGGACUACGACUGCAAAUAUUUAUUGACAUGAAUGAUGACGGCGUUGGUGCUACGGAUGUUUACAAACGCCAAAUUCAUUUAAAUAAAACAAAACAAAAACGCAGCCAGUAAAUAACGUGACGAUUGUUGAUGAAUAAAAUGGUGUCAACAAAAUAAAAGGGCAGAUUUCAAUUCUA